AUGGAAAAUAUAACAAUGGAGAUUUCAUAUGCAUCAACCAAAAUUUACUCGACUUUAGAAGAAAUCAAUGCGUCAAAAGCCCAACAACGCCUCCCUACUGUGAUCUUCCUGACAAUUUUAAUGAUUAUUGGAGUUAUUGGAAACACAUUGGUCAUCGUUGUGUAUUCCCGUAAGUACCCACCGUCCAUGUUCCGGUUAUACAUCUUGUCCUUAGCGAUCACUGACCUUCUCGCCUGUGUUUUCGCCAUGCCUGUUGAGAUAGUGGACAACGCCUAUCCAGUUAUGUUUUAUAGUGAAGCCCUAUGCAAAUGUGGUCGUUUCAUAGGGAAUGUUUUUAAGAUUGGAUCAGCCUUUGUUCUUGUCCUGAUCGCUGCCAGCAGGUACAAAAAGAUUUGUCGCCCGUUUUCAACCGCCACCACCUUACUUCAGGCUCGUCUUUACUGUGGAGCGACGAUCCUUCUUGCCAUCGUACUUUCGUGGCCAAACGCAUUCGUCCAAGGAAUAAAACAUGUACAUCUUCCAGGAAAUAUCACCGGUUUUGAUUGCACUCUUGAUGACGACAUUGUAAACACUCAAUAUCCAUUUAUUUAUUACACAAUUAUUUUUGCUGUGAAUAUCAUAGUGUUUCUGUUGCUCGCUGUAUUAUACACCUUCGUUAUUUUAUCACUUCGGAAACACACCAAAAACCUGACGACUAAGAAUCUGAAUGAAAAACUGAACAAAACAAAUCCCAGAAUCACAAAACUUAUGAUUGCAAUCACAGUUGCGUUUAUCUUGUCCUAUCUACCGAAUUGCAUUUUGGAUGCCACUUCCACGUUCAAGAAAGGCCUUGCUUUGCCACCAAGCCCAGUUGUAUUGGCAACUCUACCGCUUUUGGCAAGAGCAUUUUUCAUUAACAAUGUCAUCAACCCUUUCAUAUACUUAGUUGGGGAGUCAAAAUUCCGAAAAAUUGUUUACCAGUCAUUGAGAUGGUUGUAUUAUACCAUCUGUUGUCCAAAAGAGAAGCAAAAUAAAAGCUUUGCCAUUACUGAUUAAUUUCAUGUGCCAGAAUGUUUCAUUUCAGAAGAGCUGAGCUAUCAAGUAUUCAUAGACAAUGCCAUUGUCAACGUCUCAAAAUGCUACCAUUUCUGUCCAUUUAUGUGUAUUUUCCUAUGAUUGAAACUCCGACACAUUAACCAUACUUAUUGUCUUCGUCGAGGAUGACUCUUCUACAGUCAUAUGUGUAUGACAUUUAUUGGGAGAAAGCGGGAAGGAAAGAGCUGGGACUGUGUUCUUAAACUUCUAAAUUACUACAGCUGUACCUUCAUAUCCAAUCAUCAAAUUUUCUGGUAUUAUGCAUUUGGGAUACUAAAUUUGGCCACUAAAUUUUGCCAUUUGUUCGGCUCUCAGGGCUAUUGAGCAAUGAGGGAUCUUUUUUCGUGCCCGCACAUACUGCGACUCGGGACCUAGAUUUAUACGGUUAUUCCGAAGUUAUGAAAUUAUAACAAUUGAUUGAAUUAAUAUAAAAUGAUUGACUUUAAUACUGAUUGAUGUACAUUUCAUAUUAAUGUUUGAUUACCUAAUAUAAGUAACACUUUGCGUGCGUGCCAAUUUGUGAAAAACCGAAAAAAAACUUUGAUGAAUGUGUUUCAAAAUAAUUAACCUUCCCAAUUUGAAAUAGGACUUAAAAAAUCC